AUGAUGGGAAGUAAUUUGUUCGCUGCCGAUGUGUUCACGUUCCGUUUUCCGUUGCUACUAUCUACUUUCGGGCCGAUUUUAUGUACGCCAGAUGUGCGAGGAAUUAGUUACGAGCAGGAAUAUCUCAGUUCUGCCGAGCUGGAACCGUAUGUGGAUUAUCGGAGCGGUGGCCCGAGUUCUACUGCAAUUAGCGAAUCGGAAGUGGGGAUCUUUGGUGAUACUCGGCAUCGGAAUGUAACGAGAAGCUACCCGUACAAUAGAUCAGCAGGACAACCAUCACAGUUCAGUCGCAAUCGGAGAAGAUACCCUUAUCCUUUAACUAAGCUUAAGAAACGAUCAGACUACAUUUCCGACAGCCAGAAGGUGUUCAUCAUGGAUAGUCAUUUUACCAACUUCGUAUCGUCGAUUGCGUCUUCUUUGAAGGUAAUGGUGUUAAUGCUGGCAUUCAUUGUACCAGCGAUUAUUAUACAUUUCUUCGUCAUACCGAUAAAAAUUAUGGUCGCAAUGGCAAAAGUUUCACUACUGAAUCUUUCCACACUUGGACUGGUUUGGUGGGGAUUCUUCGGUUAUCGAAGGUAUAACUAUAAUUCGUGGUUGAAUGGCGGUUGGAAUAACGGCUGGUGGCCGAACGGUUGGUGGCCAAACGGUGGAGUGAAUAAUCCUGGAUUCCCUGGUGGUCCUGGUACGAAUCCUUAGUUUACUGGUAGAUUGAACGCGAUUUCCGACGUGUCAAAGCAAGCUUGU